CGAUUUAGCUUGAAGAAACUGACCUUAAUUGAUUGAUUUCUGCGAUGGCGAGCUCAAGCAUUGUGUGUUUCGGGGAAAUGUUGAUCGAUUUCGUGGCGGACACGGCGGGAGUGUCGCUGGCGGAAUCUAAGGGGUUUCUGAAAGCUCCGGGCGGCGCGCCGGCAAAUGUGGCGUGCGCGAUCACGAAGCUCGGCGGCGCGUCGGCGUUCAUCGGCAAGGUCGGCGACGACGAGUUCGGGCGGAUGCUGGUGGAUAUUCUGAAGAAGAACGGCGUGAACAGCGACGGCGUGUGCUUCGACAAGGAGGCGCGGACGGCGCUGGCGUUCGUGACGCUGAAGAGCAACGGCGAGCGGGAGUUCAUGUUCUACCGGAACCCUAGCGCCGACAUGCUGCUCAAGGAGGCGGAGCUGAACAUGGCGAUCAUCAAGGCGGCGAAGAUCUUCCACUACGGCUCCAUCAGCCUCAUCUCGGAGCCGGUCCGGUCGGCGCACAUGGCGGCGAUGAAGGCGGCCAAGGCCGCCGGCGUUCUACUGUCGUACGAUCCCAACGUCCGGCUCCCGCUCUGGCCGUCGGAGGAGGCGGCGAGAAGCGGCAUCAUGAGCAUCUGGAAGGAGCCGGAUUUCAUCAACGUUAGCGACGAUGAAGUGCAGUUCCUAACGCAGAAAGAUCCGUCGAAAGAAGAGUCUGUGAUGUCACUCUGGCAUGAUAACUUGAAGCUCCUCAUCGUCACCGAUGGCCCUAAGGGCUGCCGAUAUUUCACUAAGAGUUUUAAAGGGAGUGUGGGCGGAUUCGAGGUGAAGACAAUUGACACAACAGGUGCAGGAGAUUCCUUUGUUGGUUCUCUUCUGGUUUCCAUAGCCAAGGAUCCUUCAGUUGUCCAGGAUGAAGGGAAGUUGAAAGAAGCAUUGAAGUUUGCAAAUGCAUGUGGAGCACUUUGCACAACUCAGAAAGGAGCCAUUCCAGCACUUCCAACUCCAGCAGAAGCCCAAGCACUAAUUGCCUCUGCAAAAUAACAUACAUUUUUUUUUAAUAGCUCCUUAGAGACACAUUUUUUUUUAAU